GGGUCAGCAGGGGUCAGCAGGAGGCUUCAGGGGGCCCAGCUCCCAGAGGAGCCCCUAGCUGACCAUAAGAGGAGUGAAGGGCAGCUGGAGACAGGAGAGCGUCUGGAUUCAGACCAAAUGGAGGAAAUGAGUCCAAGUCAGAGACACGUCUCCAUCCUUCAUCUGUCUGUCCUGCAGAUCCACCCGGUUCCUAAAGGCUGGACCGGGACGCUGCAGCGUUAUGCCCAGAGCACUGAUAGGCCGCCUGUCAGCACCUGCUGCCCCCUAUUGGAAAGGCUGGAACCUCCUCUAGCAGGGAGACGUCGUAAAGCCACAUCCUCAUUUGUAAUGUCCCAGACCUCCAGUUUGACUGAGCCUGACCUGAGUGACAAAGACUUGAAGGACUCUGGACUGAAGCAGCUUUCUGCCAGACUGAAGAAUCCAGAGAGUAAACCCAGUUGGGCAGGUUUAAGAGAAUCCUCUGGCUCAGAAGAACCUCUGAGGUCCAGAUCAGAUCAGAGGGGGGGUUCUUUGGGGUGUCCUCCCUCUGGUGCUGCUGUUGAUGUAAAGAGUUCCACUUUGAGCUCUGUAACCUCUCUGCUCUGUGUUAUUUCCUCUCUGCAGGGCAGAAAAUCAACAGCUGAAGCUGGACAGAAGGCCUGGAUGACCUGUGGAGCUGGAGAGGAGAGAACCAUCCCAGCUUUAGAGCGCUCAGACCUGAUCUGA